GGGAAUGGUGGAGCAAAUAUCAAUCUCCUGCUGAGAGGUAAGGUAUAAAACUGAUUGGUAGUGAGUAUGGUAUGCCAGCCAACAGGCAGUAUGAGUGACAUUGCAGGGCGGAGUUUGUGCUGUCUGCAACUUGCUUGGUAAUGUGAUCCUGGAGCAAAGGUUAGGAUCAGUAUACUAGAAUUAGGGAGGAGGGGAAGACAGCUCUGACUCUUUUUAUGAAGUAAGGCACAAGGGUGCAACUGGCUGAACAGAACCUGCAGGAGAAUUGUGCCAAAGAUGGCUGAUCAAACAACUUAUUUAAUGCUUCAGAAUUUCAUAGGUGGGACAUUCUCACCCUCUGUCAAUUACAUGGAUUCGUAUGAUCCUGCCACUGGAGAGGUUUACUGCAAAGUGCCAGACAGUGGAAGGGUGGAGGUGGAAGCUGCUGUUAAUGCUGCCAAAGAAGCCUUUCCUGCCUGGUCUUCAAAGAGUCAUACGGACAGAUCUAGUAUUCUUAAUAAAGUAGCAGAUCUGAUCGAAUCUCAUCUGGAAGAGCUUGCACAAGCUGAGUCUAAGGAUCAAGGGACGACCAUUACUUUUGCUAGGACUGUAGGCAUCCCUCGAGCAGUAUACAAUUUCCGAUUCUUUGCCUCCUGUAUCUUGCAUCAUACUACAGAAUGCACUCAGAUGGAUCACUUGGGGUGCCUUCAUUAUACCACACGGACCCCUGUAGGAGUAGCUGGCCUCAUCAGUCCGUGGAAUCUGCCUUUGUACUUACUGACGUGGAAGAUAGCUCCAGCUAUUGCAGUGGGCAACACAGUUGUGGCCAAGCCUAGUGAAAUGACUUCAGUCACUGCCUGGAUGAUGUGUAGGCUUUUGAGUGAAGCAGGUGUUCCUCCAGGAGUAGUGAAUAUAGUGUUUGGGAUUGGUCCCAGAGCUGGAGAAGCCCUUGUCUCACAUCCAGAAGUGUCACUGAUAUCGUUUACAGGAAGCACAGUGACUGCUCAGAAGAUUACAGAGAAGAGUGCCCCCUACUGUAAGAAAUUAUCCUUGGAGCUUGGAGGCAAGAAUCCUGCCAUCAUCUUUGAUGAUGCCGAUCUUAAUGAGUGCAUUCCAACGACUGUGCGAUCUAGCUUUGCAAAUCAGGGUGAAAUCUGCCUCUGUACUAGCAGGAUUUUUGUACAAAGGCAUGUGUACAAUGAAUUCCUACAGAAGUAUGUAGAAGCUGCAAGAAAGUGGAAAGUUGGACCUCCUUCUGACCCCACAGCCUGCAUGGGCGCACUUAUAAGCAAGGAACAUUUAGAAAAGGUUCGCAAAUAUGUGAAAAUAGCACAGGCAGAAGGUGCAAAAGUCCUGUGUGGGGAAGGUGUUGAUUCCUUGAAUAUUCCAGAACAAAAUAGGAAUGGAUAUUUCAUGUUGCCAACAAUUAUCACUGGUAUAAAGGAUGAGUCUCGCUGCAUGCAGGAGGAGAUCUUUGGUCCUGUUGUCUGUGUUGUACCCUUUGAUACAGAGGAAGACGUCAUUCAAAGAGCUAAUAAUGUCACGUAUGGACUGUGUGCCACGAUAUGGUCAAAAGAUGUCGGCAGAGUUCAUCGUGUUGCCAAAAGGCUGCAAACUGGAUUAGUGUGGACUAAUUGCUGGCUGAUCAGAGAGCUCAAUCUGCCAUUUGGAGGCAUGAAAGCAUCUGGUUUAGGCAGGGAAGGGGCAAAGGACUCCUAUGAAUUUUUUACUGAAGCGAAAACAAUUACUAUCAAGUACUAACUGAGUAAAAAAUGCCCUCUGAAUCAAAUGCAAGCAAAAAUUAUGACACAACAAAUACUAACAAUUUAAACCAAUGUUUUAUAGGUUCCUAUGUUUUAUUAUUAAAUAAAAUUAGUAUAAAAUCAGAAGUAUCAAAUGAAUAUAUUACUGUUUUUUUGUCAAUAUUUUUACUGUUAAAUUAAUUUGGAAUCAUAACCUACACAAUGACUUUUCAGGAGAAUGACCCGGGGUUGUCUAUUGGAAAAUGCUGUGCUCUGAAUCUGUGGUACUAAAAACAACGAUUAUAGCUGAAUGUAGAAUGUUAUAAUUUCUGAUGAACUGAAAGUAUGUGUGAAUUUAUUUACUUUUAAGUAGUAUAAGGGAAUAAUAAUGUAAAAAAUUAA